CGGCGACUACGCACUCUUCCCCAGCAUGAUCCCGAGGGAUGGCCUGUGUACCUACGUCUACUACACCAACGUCGUCAUUGUUAUGAACGACUUCCGCGGCGUUACGGUGCCUCAAAGCUGGGAGAUGUUCGAGAAAGAAAUGAAGACCCUCACUCGAAGUUCUGGUGGCAUCGGAUUUGAUAUCCGGUACACAAACGCCGCCGCCGUGAACGCAGAGGUAGAAAAAAAGCUAAGGGAACUGGUACCAAAAAAUAUCAAGCACUAUGGCGUGCUGAACGUGUUGCAGAGAGCGAAUAAGGUGAACGACCUGUUCAACAAAGCAAAAGGACUUCUCACAAAACUCAAACAAGUACAAGGCAACGACGCCCAGAGAAAGACGUUAUUAGCUCUCGGAUUAUACAAUUACCGCGAGCAGAAUGCGUAUGGGAUCCUGCAAAACAUGUUUAACGACGCGGUCGAUAACCACGUCGCGGACACAGUCAUCGCCUACAGCUCUGUGGGGUGGAUUGAGAGAGAUUUAGAGUGCUACAGCCACCCACCUGCCAUUUUCAACAGGGGGUCGUACCAGGGAGCGGCUGUCGCAGAGUCUGAGCGGGCACCUGAGAUGAGAAGGAUCGCACUGAUGAUGACGAGAGACAAGCAGUUCAGAUCGAACACCAAGAUGGGUCUUUCCUUCGAGCUUGGCACACUUGUCUACCAAUUAAAGAAGCCUUAUCCCGGCCAGAUUCCUACUCCCGAAAUGGCCAAUGUCCCAUGCACCAACCUCUACGUCACCAGCCUGGACGUUGCACCGUGCGAGACGGACCUCCUCUUUAGGCGAGCUGAAUUAUUCACGGGCGUCAACGUGGCAAUUGUUAAAGGGAAUAACAAGACGGCCAUAUUUUUCGAGAGCGAAAAAAGCCUCCGAAAAAAGUGUGCCAAGCUGGCCGAGAAUGCCACCUUCCUGCGGCCGGACAUGUCAUUGCUGAUGGUCAACGCCCACCUCGGGGACCCAACCCAGAGCUGCGUUGGCCUGGACGGCAAAGAGAGGGGCGACCUGUUUUGGCGAAUCGAAGCGGUCAAGAACGCGCUCCACGUACCAUGAACCCCAAGCCGAGGAGGAGACAGCCUGCGAGAAGUUUUCGGACUGUGCGGCGCCAGUGGGCGUGUGGUUCAGUGUGCUUUGUCUCAUUUUGCGUUAAAGUGCUACCGCCUGGGCAUCUGCAUUUCUUCGCUGUCAUCACUUAGCAUAGUCCUACUAUAUUAAAUUUUCUCUCGUCCAUGUAUUCCGCGCUGUUCUAAACCAGAUUUUUUUUUUUGACCGACUGGCUGACUGCAAGCAGUUGCGCUUCUUAAGAAAAGUGACACUAUGGAGCUACAUGA